CUAUCUUACUCAGCGCAUACCAAGAAAAGAGUAAAGGACCCGAAAAAGACCCUUAUUAAGGAGAAGAUGUUUUUCUUUCUGCAGUCCACACUUGAUAUCUCCCCUCAUUCCACGAUACCCCGCCUGUGCCUGGUGCAUAUAAUAAUAAAACUCCUCUCGAGGUCAGUUUAAGGUCUGCAGAGCACUUUUUCUGUUCUAUAUACCCUCUACAGCUUCGACAACCAACACGCCAAUAUGCCAGUCCCCAAAGAUCUUCCCAGAAUGCAAUACCGCUUCCUUGGCCGGUCUGGUCUGCAAGUCUCUGCCAUUUCUCUGGGCGGUUGGCUAACGUAUGGCGGACAUGUUGAAAAUGAGAAUACAUUUUCCUGUAUGAAAGCAGCCUAUGAUGUGGGCAUCAAUUUCUUCGAUUGCGCCGAAAGCUACUCCAAUGGCGAGUCUGAGCGCGUUAUGGGACAGGCUAUCAAGAAGUUUGGUUGGAAACGAAAUGACAUUGUGGUGUCCACAAAGAUUUACUGGGGCGAGGCAUUCGGGGAAAAUCCCGUGAAUAACCGUGGUCUCUCCCGUAAACAUGUUGUUGAAGGACUGAAUGGCUCCCUUGAGCGUCUCGGUCUAGAGUAUGUCGACAUAGUCUUCGCACAUCGACCCGAUCGAGACACCCCUAUCGAGGAGACUGUACGUGCCUUCAAUCAUGUCAUCAAUACAGGCAAAGCAUUCUACUGGGGCACUUCUGAGUGGGAUGCCGAUGAAAUCGCAACGGCGUGGCGGUAUGCAGAUAAACUCGGGCUUAUUGGUCCUGUGGCAGAACAACCGCAGUACAACAUGUUUUCCCGGAACAAAGUUGAGAAAGACUUUGCCCACUUGUAUGAAGAAGUAGGGCUCGGCCUUACUAUUUGGAGCCCCUUAAAGGUUGGCAUCUUGACAGGGAAGUAUAAUAACGGAAUCCCCGAGAACUCCCGCUUGGCAAACAGUACCGAUCCAUCUGUUGAGCGUAUGAGAGCACGCAUUGGUGGCAAGGAAUGGGAUACAUUUAUUUCGGUCGUCGCAAAACUCAAGCCAAUCGCGGAUAGACUCGAGGUUUCGCAGCCCAACUUGGCUAUGGCUUGGGUACUGGCCAACAAAAAUGUGAGCUCCGCCAUCACAGGAGCCAGCCGCCCAGACCAAAUCUACGAGAGCGUGAAAUCCUUGGUUGUCAUAGAGAAGUUGACUCCGGAGAUACUGGCGGAAAUUGAUGGCAUAUUGGGCAACAAGCCUCCUGUUGUGAAGAGAAGAUCACCCAUGUCGUGAAGCAUUAACCAAGCUAAUGAGAGUCAGUCGUAGAGGCCCUUACCUAGGUAGUCAAGAUGAACUGGAUUGCUAUACAUCAUAAGCUCAUCCUCUAAUAAAGAUAACAUGCACAUCUCUAAUCAUUGU